UUCUCUAUUUCUUCGCAUACUGCAAGCUGUAGAAUAACAUGAUGAUUAUUUUGUGCAGAAAAGAGAUAGAAACGGACGUCUUGGGUUAUCUCCUUUGCAGAAGAUAACCGCAGCAUUUAGGAUGCUAACUUAUGGAGUAGCAGCAGAUGCUACUGAUGAUUAUAUUCGGAUUGGAGAAAGUACUGCUAUAGAGAGUCUUAAAAGGUUUGUGAAAGCUAUUGUUGAAGUCUUUGGUGAUGAGUACCUGAGAUCCCCAAAUAAUAAUGAUACAGCUAGAUUAUUUGCAAUUGGAGAGCAAAAGGGUUUUCCCGGUAUGCUUGGGAGCAUAGAUUGCAUGCAUUGGAAGUGGAAGAAUUGCCCUACAGCAUGGCAAGGUCAGUUUACCGGCCAUGUGCAUGAGCCCACCAUUAUUCUAGAAACCGUUGCUUCACAUGAUCUUUGGAUUUGGCAUGCCUUCUUUGGUUUACCAGGGUCGCACAAUGAUAUUAAUGUUCUUCACCGUUGUCAUCUAUUUGCAAAGCUAGCUAAAGGGCACGCUCCAGAAGUGAACUACACCAUCAAUGGUCAUAAUUAUACAAUGGGAUUUUACCUUGCAGAUGGCAUAUAUCCUCAAUGGGCCACAUUUGUUAAGCCAAUACCAUCUCCACAAGGGAAUAAGAGGAAAUAG